GCCCUCCGAUCGCUAACCCCCAGCUCUACGACCCUGAACAGGAAUAAGAAUUAACACGAGAUGUAAACAGUGACCUUAAAUAUGUCUGUGAGCCAUACGGGCUUGCUGACACUGAGGUCCCACGGCCUCGGGGGGCUGUGUCUGUGGAACAUGUCUUUGGGAAGCAUGGGAACGUUCUGGCUCAGUCUGGGAAAGGAAGCAGGCUGUCCUUUGCUGUUGCACAAUCCAAUUAGCUUUGAGUUGCACCGAUAAGAAACUGGACCAGAUCACACAGAGGCUUUUUGUGGCAAGUUGUGCAUCUGUUAGUUGGCUGGUAUCUUCAGCACAGGUUUGAAUUGAGGCUUUUUUUUCCUGGAGAUCCAAGAGGAGAAAAGCUCUGCUUUAAAAGAAAGUGUGUAGCUGGACUUGAGUUGAAUGGCAGUCAAAAGUAACAGAGCUUCCUACAAGAUGGUGUUGACUGCAUUCUUGCUGGUACUCAUGUUCAUCUGGACUGGAAUGGCUGCAAGAUUUGUCGUUCCACCAUGUGACCAGGACACGUUUGAUAGAAAUGUUGACAAAUGCCUGUCGGACUUCAACAGCAGCUUGGAGACAAGUGGCUAUCAGUACAGGUGCCCGUGGCCAGCUGCGAAAAGCAUCUACAACAAACUGAAGCAUUGUGUGGAUGACUGGGCGAACAUGUCUUGGUGCAGGGGGCACAGAUUUCUGCUAGACGAGGUCUUCUUGAAGGUCCACAACACGUACUUUUCAGUCUGUGGACAGGUCCACGACCCCCCCCUCGGCACCCUCAUUAUGUUAAUAGCACCUGUUGUCGUAAGCACACUGCUCCUGCCAAUACUCUGUGUCAGUCUCACCACAUGGAACUCAGAGAAGCCCAGCAGUUUGGGGCUCUGAUGUGCUGAGCUGACAAAAUGCUGAGCAUUUUGGAAUGUCAGUCCUGCAAAUAAGUAGCUGGUUUAGUUAGCUGGCAAGUUAGAUCCCUUGGGAACAAUAGAUAAUCCAGGGAGCUAAUUUCCGUGUUUACCUUUGGUCAGACAUCCUUUGAAUCGAUUUAUGUAAAACUACAAAGUGUCCUAAAUAGUCUUUAAACAAUCAAAUAUACUUUUUUACCUGCUGUGGAUAUAUUUUUAACAUGAAGCUGUUUCAGUUCAAACAUGUUAGUAUGUGGGAUUUAUCUUGCCAAAUGGCGGCACUGCGUCAGUGUCACUGCCUCAGUCCAAGACAAAAGACCACACUCACUCCAGCCUCUCAUUUCAGACAUGUCUGGUGAUAUUAUAUGUUUAUUUUUCAGUUAAAAAAUAUAAAAUGAAGGGGCCAUGUGACGUCCAAAAACAUGGUUUGUUGCCCGAGGGCAAAACCACACCACAUAGGGUUAGAUUGCAUGAUAUCAAAGGGCUGAUGUCUCUGCCAAAGCAAAUGUCAAGACACUUAUUGUUGUAGUCAUUUUUUUCUCCGCAAAUGUCAGAUGUUCUACAUAUCUCAAUAGCUGGGAAGAG